AUGCACGGCUCUGGCACGUACAUCGAUCCGUUGGGUAGUCACUGCAGAAACAUCCAAGACUAUCAGAUACCGGAAGAUGCGAAGGUGGUCAGCAGCUAUUCGUAUCCUCAGCGUACCAGAAUGCACUUGAUGAGAGCUUGUGUCGCCUUCUACAUCGUUGGCCUUGGAUUUCUGUUCAUCUGCCUGUUCACAGGAAUCAGCGGAUGUUGGCGCAGAAGUGCCAUGCUGAUUCUGGUCACAGGGAUUUUGCUGCUGUUUUCAACUCUGUUUUUGGCUGGUUCAAUUGCGGUAUGGCACGGCGUAGAUUAUUUGCAGAAAGAAGUGAUUGGCAUCGACGCGAGCUUCGAAAGUAUUCGAAAACUUAUCAACGAUAACACGAUGAUCGGCUACGGAUGGUCUUACAUGAUUUCAUGGAUCGGAAUCGGCUUCAUUCUCAUAUCUUCCAUUCUUAUGCUAGCGGCAUAUCGAGCAAUAAGGGAAGAAGAACGUGACGAAUAUGACAAGAAACGAAUGCCCUACAUAAUGCCAAAUUAUUACGACAAAACGGCGAUGAUGCCGUACACGUACGCCAAUUACGGAUAUCCGUAUCCGACCUACGGCUACAGCGGGGCAUACGGCCCGCCCGGAAACAGCUAUUACGGCUACCUAACGUAUGCUAGAUAA